ACGCUUCUGCUUCUUCCCUUUCCAAUCUCUAUCUUUUUUUUCCCUUUCAUUUUUCAUUUUCCGCAACUCCAACAAUUAAUUAAUUAAAUAAAUAUUUUCUUUUUUCGUCCAAUUAAAAAAAAACUAGGGUAGAAAAUUCAAUGUUAUGAAGAACUUCAUAAUCUUCCCCAACGCUGUUUCUUCCUCUUCUUCUCCGUUUUUCGAUUCCCAUUCUCAAAGGUUGUUUUGUUGAGUUUGAUUUUGGAUGGCAACAUUGUGAAAGUAUAAACCAUAUGAGGUAAUUCAAUGGGUGGUUCUCUUCUCACUUGUUGUCUCUCAAUGGAGAAUCAUCAUCAUCCUUCAACGCUGUUGUCGAUGGAUUCGAGUGCAUGUUCUCAUGACGAGCUUGAUUUGGAGAUGAAUAGGCAGAUCAUACUUUCUCGUCCGCCGGAUAUCAAUUUGCCCCUUUCCGCGCCGCAGCCGUGGAGUUCUGAUCCGUGUGAUAUUUUGGAUGUUGGGCUUGGUACUCAAGGAGGGUAUGAGACAGAGAGUUUGCUUAACCUUCCGAAAGCGGUGAAGAAGUGUUCCAAGCGUGUGGAUAGCAUUUGGGGUGCUUGGUUUUUUUUCAGAUUUUAUUUUAAGCCGGUUUUGCUUGAGAAAUCGAAGGCGAAAGUUGUUAGGGAUGAUAACAAUGGUGUUUCGGGGUUUGAUAAGACGGAUCUGAAUAAUGAUGUUUUUAUGGUUCAGCAUGAUUUGGAAAAUAUGUAUAUGUGGGUUUUUAAGGAGAGGCCAGAGAAUGCGUUGGGUAAGAUGCAGCUGAGGAGUUACAUGAACGGACAUUCUCGCCAAGGGGAACGCCCGUUUCCUUUUAGCGUUGACAAAGGUUUUGUUCGGUCUCAUAGGAUGCAAAGGAAACAUUAUAGAGGACUUUCAAAUCCUCAGUGUUUGCAUGGUAUUGAAGUUGUUAUGUCGCCCAAUCUUUCAAGUCUUGACAGGGAUGAGCAGAAGAAGUGGAUGGAACUCACUGGCCGAGAUUUGAAUUUCAUGAUCCCGGCCGAAGCAAGCGACUUCAGCUCAUGGAGAAAUCUUCCCAACACGGAUUUCGAGCUUGAGAGACCACCUCCCCCAAUCAAGAGUGCUCCAGUUCCUCACGCGAAGAAGCUGCUCAAUGAAUCUGGGCUGAAUUUGUCUACUCAUAUGCCGAACGGUGAUGCAGCUGACUUGUCCCCUAUCAGUAGCAAGAAAAGGAAGGACUUUUUCCUUAGUGGGAAUGAUGAAGAAUGUUACUUGCCUGUUAAUCCUCCUUCUGAUCGGAUUCCGGAUUUGGAAAUGCACCCUAGUGAACAAAACUGGUUGAAUGAGUUUAGCGGUGUUAUGAAGAAUGCUUGUGGACCGGCUACAGCCGCGAAAACUAUUUACGAAGAUGAACAAGGCUACUUGAUCAUUAUCAGUUUGCCUUUUGUGGAUCUUCCUAGUGUCAAAGUUUCUUGGAGGAAUACUCUCACUCACGGUAUCAUAAAGGUUUCUUGUGUAAGUACAUCGCGAAAGCCAUUUAUCAAGAGAAGUGACAGGACAUUCAAGCUCACAGAUCCGUCCUCAGAGCACUGUCCCCCUGGAGAAUUCAUUCGUGAAAUCCCUCUUCUAACUCGCAUUCCUGAAGAUGCCAAUAUUGAAGCGUACUAUGAUGGACCAGGAUCAGUGCUUGAGAUCAUGGUGCCUAAACUUCGUCCAGGAUCAGAAGAGCAUGAAGUCCGUGUUUGCCUCCGUCCUAAUCUCGGUGGCAACCUGGAUGGUAACGAUCUCAUGUUGACUUGAAAUAUUAAGCACUUAUUAAAAAUAUUGGGGGUAUGGAAAUCAUUUUUUACUAACUUUGUGCCAUACAGUGUAUUUUAUAAACAAAUGCGCGAUUCAUAAUUGCUCCUAUCAAAUUUUUCUCACUAA